AUGAAGUUUCUAGUAUUAGGUGAUAGUCAUGCUCGACGUAUGCCUUCAAGAUUUAUGACAUCAUCUUAUUCUUUGAUCAUUAAAUCUAUUCCAGGUUUAAAAUUUAUAGAUUAUCAUGAUAAAAAACUUUCGUUAUUACAUUUAUUAUUUUCAUCUAAAAUUCAAUAUUUGUUAUCUGAAGCAGAUGGAAUUAUAUUGUUAGUUGGAACAAACUCAGUUAGAAUUCAUUCAGCACGUACAAUUAUUUCACAAAUUGAAGCAAUAAUUUUUUUCAUUCGUAAGGUGUAUCCUAAAUUUAAUCAACGUGAAAGUAUUACUAUACCUUUAUCUUUUCCUUGUGUAAAAACUACUCGUAAAUUUUCAAAAAAAUAUGCUUUAAUAUCAAAUAUCCAAUUUUAUAAUUAUCGUUUAUAUCAAUUAUCAUUUGAAUUAAAUUUUAAUACUAUAGAUUUUCGUAUAACGUCAAGUCAGUUAGCAAUUGACAAAAUGCAUAUACGUCGUCAUUACUAUUAUCGUAUUUUUAAUUUUUUGGUUAAAUAUUUAAAUAAUUUAACCAAAAAUUGA